UGAGAGGGGAAUUUUCUGUUUUUUGUGUUUUUGAGAGCUGCUGGCAUUUCAUGAAACCAGGUGUGUAGUGUAUGCAGUGAAAGUGGUCUGGUCCGUGUGGUUAUGGAGGGGUUUUGGGCUGUGUUUUUCCCUGUGCUGAGGGUCUGGUUCACCUGUUUGGUGGUCCUGAUCAUGCUGCCUGCCAUGUUUGGGAUCUCGCUUGGCAUCACUGAGACCUACAUGAAGAUCCUUAUCAAAACCUUAGAGUGGGCAACACACAGAAUCCAAAGGGCGAGUAGAGCAGAGGAGAUACUGAAACAUUCCGCAUCAAAUGGUUUAAUUCAGCGGGAUAAUUCGUCUUUGGAGCAGGAGAUCGAGGAGUUGCGUCGGGACAGGCCAAAGUCGGCCGAUCAUGGAGACUUCACUCUGAGCGACGUCCUGUACUUCACCAGGAGAGGCAUCGAGAGCAUUGUGGAAGACGAUGUCACGCAGAGAUUCACCUCAGAGGAGCUGGUGUCCUGGAACCUCCUCACCCGAACCAACAACAACUUCCAGUACAUCUCUCUCAGGCUCACUGUACUGUGGGGAGUUGGCGUGGUCGUGAGAUACUGCAUACUGCUUCCUCUACGGAUCACACUUACAGCUAUAGGGCUGAGCUGGUUGGUGAUUGGCACAACAAUGGUGGGGUUCCUCCCCAAUUUCAGAGUGAAGGGUUGGUUGAGUGAGUUGGUCCACUUGAUGUGCUACAGGAUCUGUGCAAGAGGCCUUUCAGCUACGAUUCAUUAUCACAACAAACAGAACAGGCCUAAGAGAGGAGGCAUCUGUGUGGCUAAUCACACUUCACCAAUUGAUGUCGUUAUUCUGGCUAAUGACGGCUGUUAUGCAAUGGUAGGACAGGUUCAUGGUGGUUUAAUGGGAGUCGUCCAGCGUGCAAUGGAGAGAUCUUGCCCUCAUAUCUGGUUUGAGAGAGCAGAGAUGAAAGACCGCCACCUAGUGACACAAAGGUUAAGAGAUCAUGUAAAUGACAAAACAAAGCUGCCUAUACUCAUCUUCCCUGAGGGAACUUGCAUCAAUAAUACAUCAGUAAUGAUGUUUAAAAAGGGAAGUUUCGAAAUUGGAGGAACUAUAUACCCUGUGGCUAUAAAGUAUGACCCUCAGUUUGGAGAUGCUUUCUGGAACAGCAGCAAAUAUAGCAUGGUGAGCUAUCUGCUGCGGAUGAUGACGAGCUGGGCCAUAGUCUGCAAUGUCUGGUAUCUGCCUCCAAUGGCGCAGAAGGAAGGAGAGGAUGCUGUGCAGUUUGCCAACAGGGUGAAAUCAACCAUUGCACAACAAGGAGGUUUAGUGGACUUGGCCUGGGAUGGGGGUCUGAAGAGGGCAAAGGUGAAGGAUUCGUUUAAGGAGCAACAGCAGAAGAAGUUGGUGGGUGUUGUGGUGGGUGACUGA